AUGAUUCCCUCUACUAUUAUAUUUCUAGGCUUGGCCGCUGUUGCCAAUGCCGUCCCUUUCAUGACCGAACGGGAUCUCAACUCAACCAUUUGGACUCCUGAGCAUGUUCUGCAGCAGGACGAGGUCAUCCUCUAUGGCGAGGGCCGUAUGGAGGUUGUUCAUGUCAGCGUCUACGAGAAACUUCUCGAGUCUGAGGGCGUCAACCCCAUCACUCCCGAGAUUGACCACGACUGGAUCAAGGCCGGAGCCAAGGCUAAAGGCAAGGCCAAGGCUCCCCGUGAUCUCGAGGAGCGCCAGUCCUGCGGAUCCACGACUUCUUACGUGACUGAUCGCACUCAGCGAUUUGUCGACUGGGACGUGCAGAUGUCCCCCGUCGUCAUCGGCCAAGGCCGAAACGGCAUUGAUGUGACAGUCGCAUCGUCCUAUAGUGUUUCCAACGGCGUCACUGUCAGCGGUGGUCUUGACAUCACUGCCAUCAAGAACCGUCUCGGUGCCAGCUUCGGCGUUGACUACUCCCGCACCUGGACUACCCAGGCCAGUGUUUUGGUCCGCGGUACUGUUUCAGCUGGUGAGACCGGAGUUGUCAUCACUCGACCUUGGACCAACCGCCGCUACGGACGUGCUUUCCGCGGUUGUGUUGGAUCCAUGCAGCAGACUGGUACCUGGAUGGCUGAUUCUCAUGAGGAGGGUUCUUACGAGGGUGUUCGAUGGGUUGCUGGUGCCAUUACAAUGUGCAUCAAGCGACAGAGCGGCAUUCCUCUGAGCCGCUGCAACGGUGGCGGUAACUUCCGUUAA